GGUAAAAUUAGGACAAUUAAGCAAUUUUAUGAAGCAGCAAUGAAACUAACUGAUAAACAAGCAAUAAGGGCACUUGGUUCUAAUAUUAGAUAUUUGUGUAAUAAAGCUAAUUGUGGUACAGAUUAUUGUCAGCAAUUAUACAUAAGCUAUAUAAAUGGAAAAUAUAUUGAAAAUGCUGAUGCUAAAAAGUGUCCAGCUAAAAAUGUUCCACCUACUACACAUAAUGCUACUACAAAAUUUGAACCUAUGAGUACAGUCAGGCAAAUGUAUGAUACUGCAAUUUGGAAUAAUAAUAAAAGAUUCUUAAAGGGACUUGGUGCUAAUGUUAAAAAUUUAUGUCAAAAAGCUGAAUGUGGUACAGAUUAUUGUCAACGUUUAUACAAUAAUUAUAUUGACGGAAAUUAUAUUGAUUUUAAGGAAGUUAAAGAUUGUGAUUUUCAAUUUAAAGAGAGCCAUGAUCAGUUACUAAUACUAUGGCAACCGCUUGAAAAAUUAUGUAAAGAAGCAAGGUGCACUAGUUUUUAUUGUGAUGGAUUAAAAGAGCGUUUUAUGAAUGGAAACUAUAUAAUGGCGUCUAUUGAAAAAAUUUGCAACUAUAAUAUUUUUGAGAAUAAAAAUGCCCUACCUAAUUCACCCGAUGGACAAUUAAGGCAACUAUUACAACUUGUUGGUGGUUUACUAAAAUCAAUAUAA